UCUAAGCCACUGACAAGUGUUCCGGAAUAUGAAGAUGCAGAAUUAGAAUGGGAGAGUUUGCAGGCAGAGCUGGAGAAUGAGAUGGAUGAAGUAACUCCAGGCCUUGUACCCAGAUCCCCAAUGUUUAGUGACCGAUUCCUAAGGAGUAUAUCUUCACCAGUACCAAUGGCUCCAUGGUAUCGAACAGUUCCUUUCUCACAGGACCCGAAAGAGCUAUUCAUGCCCGAAAAAGGUGUUAGACCUGUUCCAGACUCAGUCAAGGAGAUGUUGCUUGCACCACCUUCCACUGUUGCCUCAUCUGAAGGAGCAGCCAAAUCUAAGCUUGUUGAGGUCUUGUGCCACAUUGACCGCAUGUACGUGAAAGUAAGCAAGAAGCUUUUUUCAACAACAGACGCUUUCAAAGACUUGAAACUUGGCAAGUGUCCUGUUAACGAAGGCACUGCAGAACAUUAUUACCUUCUCUACCUUUUGAAAACUGACUGUGGAUUCGAGAGAGAGAGUACUGAAGACCAUUUGUUCAUCAGUAUUGUACUCCACUAUAAGCCAACCACUCCAGUCAUUAGAGAGCUGCCAUUUGACGUUGCCUUGCAAUGCAAAUAUCCAAGGCAUUUUCACUCCUUCAAUCCUGGCAUCUCUAUCGAACUGAGGAGAGGCACAGUUUACAAACCCCUACGUUCAAAAAAUGCUUAUGUCAUCACUCCACAAGAUGCAUCUGGGAAUGAAAUUGUUGGUGAUAAAAUGUUUAUCCUGGGACAGCCAAUGUACUUUGAGGUGAAACAAACAGACAGCACUUCAACAGACCAGAGACUUUACAUCAACAAGUGUUUCAUGACUGCUUUCCAAGAUCCUUACUCUGACCCUAAAUACACCGUUAUUGACAACCAAGGUUGUAUGAUUGAUAGUAUGGUGACAAGACAGUCUGCGUUUCUCAAGGGCCCCUUAAACAUCCAAAAAUUCUCAGUGAGCGCCUUCAUUUUCAAAGACACUGCAGUUUCAUCAUCAUCGGUACAGUCACAACUCUAUCUGCACUGUGAAUUCUCUAUGGGCGAUCCAACACCAACCUCAAGUUUAAAGGCUUGCAAUUAUCAUCGAGUUACCAAAAAGUGGAGGGAGUUGUAUGGUAAUGACAGUGUGUGUGCCUGCUGUGAAUCCGCCUGCUUACCACUAUCAAAAGCUUCUGGGAACAUGGUCUCAAGUCCGUCUUGGAAGGUCAGAUUUGGAGCUAAGGAUGGAAACCCGGUGUUUGAACUGCAGCCGAGGUCCAACAACUGGGGCGCCUUCAGUUUGGAGGACUCAUCUGACCAUAGUGACUUCCUUAGCUACUGGGACUAA